AGAAAACGUCGAAUCAGCUACAGGAAAGAAGGUUCUUCCUCUCGUGCUGCUGUGAAGAUGGCUGAAGGCGUCCGUCAGAAUGAGUUUCAGGAGAACGAAGAAGCGACAUUUUCAGAUGAGGACUCUAUAAUCUUCAGAAAUCAAUCAAUCAAAUUUCAUUCAUUUUCCACCUUUCAUCCAGUCAGUUGCAGUGUUGCGGCUGCCGCUGAAGAGGUGGUUGUGACGAAUUCAGCUUCAAAAGUCCCCAGUGAAGAGGUAAAGAACGAUAUGCAGAAGCAGACGAAUCAGCUCAAACGCACUCAGCAAACGCCACCCAGAACAUUCAAUGAGAGUAAGCGUAGGUUAUAUUCGCUUGAAUCAGUCUCUGAAAGUGGCAUAAUUUCAAAACAAUUUCUUGAUACGAGAAAUUAUCAUGGAGAGACACACCUUCACAAAGCCUGCAAGCAAGGCAAUCUGGCAAAAGUUAAAAUGCUCAUUCAGGCAGGGAUCAGCGUCAACAUGCCGGACUAUGCAGGCUGGACAGCUCUGCACGAGGCCGCUGUUGUGGGUGAUGAGGCAGUGGUGGAGGAGCUUUUGAAGGCUGGAGCUGAUGUGAAUGCCAGGAGCGCUGACGGGGUGAUACCCCUGCAUGAUGCCGUUUGUUGUGGACACUAUCAGGUGGUGAAGCUGCUUCUUCAGAGCGGAUCAAACCUGCAUGACAGAAGUCUUAACGGUGACUGUGCCCUAGACCUGGCAGAGCACGAGAAUAUGAAAGAGCUCCUCACGACUUUCCAAGCAUCCACGGCAGCAGAGGAGUCUUGCAAAGCGCCGGCAGAGUUCAGACAAACAGUGUCUAGCAGCUCGACCCAGAUGUCCUGUCGGGGUCACAGCAGCGUCGACCCGGCAAACCUGCAGUCCAGGGAGUCAGGUGAUGGAGGCGGAGCCAGAGAACCCACUGUCAUCAAGACGAGUGAAAGCUGCACCGCAUCUGAUAAGCUGAGUCAUUCAGAGGCGAUAACAGCAGUUUUGGAGGACAUUAGGAGGAAGCAAACCGAACUUCCUGCUUUGACAGAUACGAGGGACGCAGACAGAAUCUUUGAAGGGCUGAUGCAGAUCCAGAGUAUGCUGGUGGACGUGCACAACAAGCAACGCUUGGAGAUGGAAAAACUCAGCGAAAAGUAUCGGAGCACCCCCAGGUCCCUCCACCAUGUACUGAAAACUCGCUUCCUCUCCUUGGCGUCAUAUCAGAAUAGCUUGAUAGAAGUCGUCCAGAUGCAAACCCAUUUGGAACAAACAUAUCUAACCACGAAGGCCAAAUUUUCAGCUCUGCCCCCAAACCAUCAAGACAACGGCACAAUGACUCAACAUAUGAAUCAAUGCUAUUCCCAAGUUUCCACGGAGGAAUCCUCCAAACAUGGAGAAGCAUACAGCUGUAAUCAAGAUAGGGAAAAGAGAUGGGCACCAAAUACACGGGUCGGGACGUUCCGAUGUGUACAGACCCAGACUAACAACGCUGGUCUGCAGAACGACGAAGCCGGUUGCUCUACCGCGCAACCAGGAGCAACGCUGUGUCAUGACAGCUUGAAGUUGAUAGGAAAGAAUGCACUGAUACAGAGGAGGGCUGGAGACAACAGCACACGUGUCUGUCAGCUCAUACAGGCAGGAGUUCUGAGCCCGGGAAAUGUUCUGCAAGUGUUUUGGAAGGGGAAACAGCACUCUGCUUUUGUACUGGGUGACGGCUUCAUAAAGAGUAAUCAUAAGUCACACCGGACUGUAGAGGGCUGGCUGGAGUCCAUCCUUGGAAACAACAUCCCUGUCAGCUCCGAGUAUGCUCUGGAAAAGGUGACAUUCGGAGACAUACCUUUGUCCCACUACUUGCUGAGUUUAGAGAAAGAGGAAAACGCUUCACAGGCUGUUCACCAGGACUCUGUUCAACGUGGCAGGGCUGUUUCCGCUCAAGAGGAGCUGAUUACAGAACCAGGAAUUCUGGAGCGUCUGAGGAAAAUCCGGAGGGUCCUUAUAGUGGGGGAUGAUGAGUUUGCGCCAAAUGCCAUCAUGGACCUCUACUGGGACAAGUUCAGCAACGGGGGCUUCCCAGACUUGGAUGACUGGGGGGAAGUUAGUUUAAUUUAGUUUAAUUUACUUUCAGGACCAGCUGAAUGAUUGCGUUGUGUAAACCCUUUUUUCCUUAUCUGCAUUUAUAUGAAUGGUUAAUACCAAGUUUGGUCAAAUUUAAAGCAUAUAUAUGUAUUUUAAUCUUCUUAAUC